CAGAAUAAUGAUCUUCAAAAUAAUAAAGCUGUUUUAAGGGCUGCAAAACGAUUGCAACGAAGAAGAGAAAGAAACAAGCCAAGUGGCAAUCUGCUUGAAAUACUCAAACAAUCCCGUGAAGCGGCUGGACUGCCACUUAAUGCCGUCAACCAAGAUUCAGCACGGCCAGAAAUUCUACACGAAAGUCCAGAACAAGAACAACACGUUUCACCUGAAGAGAAACUGUCUUCUUCCAGACAGGAAACUAUUGAAGUUGAACCUGAUUGGGAGGACCGAAAUGGUAGCGAGUGCCCUGAAAUUCUAGACAGAAAUCAAAAACAGGAAAAACAUAUUUCGCCCAGUCCUUUUAUGAAUAAUGAGACUGAAGAGAUAUCGUCUUCUAGACAAGAAUUUUUUGAAGUUCAACCUGAUUGGGAAGACCGAAAUAGCAGCGAGAGCGCAUGGCAAAAUAAUGCAUCAGUUAUCGAAUGCAAUUUGUAUAUGUGGACUAACGAGAUUGGUUGUGACGUCAAAUUAAUUGUUGGAGAGGAUCAAGAAGCUGUUUUUGCUCAUUCAUAUGUUCUAACUUCGAGGAGCUGUAAGUUUGCAGACAUCUUGGCUGAGCAGAGAAGACUUGCAGAUAAGCUGAUUCCAAUUCCAGAUGUAGCACCUGAUAUUUUAAGACUGCUUUUGAGGUACUUAUACAGCGGUGACAUAGACAUAGACGUUGAUACUGCGACAGCCCUUAUUCCAGUCACGUAUAUUUACGGACCCGAAUCUUUGAAGACGUCAUGUUUUCUUUUCUUACUUACGGAAAUGACCGCCGAGAAUGUAUGUGUCACCCUUGAGCUUGCGCAUAAAUACAAUGAUGGAAACGCGUUUGAUCGUUGCCUUCAUUUUAUAUAUGUGAACGCUGUAGAUGUACUUAAGUCGUCAAAUUUUGAAAAGUUGUGCCGGGAAUGUGUAGAAAAUAUUGUUAAAUCUGAUGAUCUGAAUGCAAAAGAAUAUGUUGUGUUUGAAGCACUUACAACGUGGGCUAGUCGCAGAUGUUUGGAAGAAAAAAUGCAACCAACCGAUGAAAACAAACGAAAAGUACUCGAUACGACUUUAUACCAUGUCAGAUUUGCAAUCAUGGAUGUACUUGACUUUACACAAAGAAUUUCACACAGAGGGGUUCUUACGCGGGAAGAAAAGGUUUCGCUGUACCAGUUUUUUCAUGGUGAAACACAAAGAUUACCUCCCGCUUUUAACAAAAGCAAAAGAUAUGAAUAUUCCGUAAAUUAUGACCUUGUAUCGAAAGCGUUUAAGAACGGUGAACCGAAACAAUACCACCCUGAUGUCUUGUCCCAUACCAAAUUUCCAGUGAUUCCUUACAAACACACGGAAGAAAACGAAGCGUACCUCCCUGUUAAAAGGGUUAUACGAUUUCAGGGGGUGGAAAACAGUUGGCAACUAAAAGGCCCUGAUGCCAUUGGAUUUCGAGUUUCUAGACCAAUUAUGUUACGCGGAUGUCAGAUGUUUGGUCCUCAAAUUGGUCAAGACACGUAUGAGGUAGAACUUGUAGUUUAUGACGAUCGUGACGAUAUUAUACGCCACGAAAAUAAAACGAUUGUUACUGGGAAGGCAUUGAAGGUAUAUGACGUCAUACUUACUAAACCUGUCAGUGUACCUAUGAAACGAACAUUCACAGUCCAGGUUAAAACCCGAGGAAAACCAACAUUCCGUGGGGUGAAUGGACUUGACCUUGUAGAGACAGAUGGUGUAGGUUUCCAAUUCAUUAACAGUAACAAGAGUUUGAACGGCACAGAUACGACAAUUGGUCAAAUUCCGACACUUCUUUUCAGUAAAUUGUGACAUUAUUAACAGUGUACAGUGUUUUAAUAGAUUAAUAUCUUUUUAAUUUAAGUUUUGUGGUAACAUUUUUUUCAUGUUUAAAUGCGAUUUCAUUUGUAUUAAUUUUGUUUUAGUGAAAGAACUUUUACCCUUAAUUACAAUAAAUACAAAUACUGAG